AUGCUGUUCCUGGGACGGGGGCUUGCGCUCAAGACUGGGACCUGCAAAGCCGAACAAACUGCGCCGGACGGUAAUGGAAUCGUCAGGAUCAAGCAGGAAAGUAGCUCCGGACACUAUCUUGGCGACGCCACCUUGAUCAAACUACGGGGGGUCUGGAGGUACGCACUGCAGCGGAGAUGGUUGGAUCCUGCUGCUUCAUUCAUCGCUCUGCUCAGGGGGGACCUGAGCCUGCCAACUGCCAGCGCUACUCCAGAGGGGACCAUGAGCCUGCCUAGCUCCACCGCAGGCCAAGACAGCCGGAACCUGCAAAGCUCCCGACAGCGACAUGGGGUGUCUGCCAAGCCCUGGUCCGCCCCUGACCCCACGCAUUGGUCUCCCUAG